AUGGCCAUAGCCAUGAUCAGUGUCAAGCUGGUUCUUCGUGUGCAGUCUAAAAAGCCAUCUGCAGACCAAGCUGUCACCUGGAUAGAAGACCAUGCAGAUGAGGGAUCCAUAAUCAAAUCUCGGGUGCUUCUUCCCUCCUUGUUUAAACUAGCCAGUUGUCAGGACCACACCUAUCCAGAUGAUAAUUCAACAUUUGAAAUUCGAAAUCUUAGAAACUUGGAUUACAUAGAUCCAGAUGCCUUUAAGGACCUCCCACUUUUGAAAUACCUUGGUAUUUUUAAUACUGGACUCAAAGCAUUUCCAGACGUCACCAAAAUCUACUCAUCUGAUGUUAACUUCUUACUUGAAAUUGCAGAUAAUCCUUUCAUUACUUCAGUGCCUGCAAAUGCUUUCCAUGGGCUUUGUAAUGAAUCUCUAACUCUCAAACUCUACAAUAAUGGUUUUACCAGCAUCCAAAGCCAUGCUUUUAACGGGACAAAUCUGGAUGCUAUCUAUCUGCACAAGAACAAAUACCUGGAAGCUAUCAAUGACGAUGCAUUUUUGGGAGUGCACAGUGGACCAACCCUACUGUAA